CCAGGCAUCUCCCUCCCUGGUUUGGAAGGCACUUGCUCAAUCUCAAAACUUCCCUUUCUCAGCUUGGAAGGCGGAUCUGAAAAUUUCCCUGAAAUAUUCCCCAGCCUCUUCUGGACAGUGUGUCCUGCUCCCUUGCAGCUGCUUUGUAGGGGUCCAUGAUGACUCCUCUGCCCAGGGUCCUUCUGCUUCUUCUCCUUCUCUGCCCAGCGAUUGUCGCACAGGAACUUGAAACAACAUCUUGUUCGACAGACCUAGCUAUCCGAGGUGGCACCGUCACAUUCUCAGAUGGAGGCCACCCUGGAAGCACGCUCACCUAUUCGUGCCCACCUGGUAAAUAUCCAUAUCCAUUGCAAAGACGGAUCUGCCAAUCAGAUGGAAAAUGGACACCAAUGCGCUCCCUGAAUGGAAUCCGUACCAAUGUAGCACAAUGCAAAGACAUACGCUGCCCUCCACAGAGAUCCUUUGAACAUGGUUCAUUCAACCCACGACGAAGCUCUCAUCCAAUUGGUGACAUUUUGAGUUUCGAGUGUUUUGAUGGAUAUCAGCUCCUUGGUUCAUCCCAGCGACACUGCUUGCCAAAUGGUCGCUGGAAUGGAACAGCCCCUGUUUGCGAUGAUGGAGUGGGCCAUUGCCGCAGUAUCGCCAUCCCACCAGGGGCAAUUGUUACUGAGGGGCGCAACCGUCUUGGUGAUCGGGUCUCAUUUCAGUGUCAAAAUGGCCUGGACUUGGUAGGGUCCACCCAGCGUGUCUGUGGUCCAGAAGGUGAAUGGUCAGGAGCUGAACCAAGUUGUAGAGCCCCCUAUUCGUAUGAUCGGGCCGAAGAUGUUAGAGCUGAGUUUGGAGCCUCUUUAACUGAUGUUUUGAGUGAAGUAUCGUCAUCUGGACCUGACCCUUCUGGGACACCUCAACCUCCAAAUUUGGGACGAAGGCUUAUAUUGUCCAAAGACAGUUUCCUCUACAUCUACUUGCUUGUGGAUGCUUCUCACAGUGUCACUGAAGCCAACUUCAGGAUUUUUAAAACUUGUCUGGAAAUUAUCAUCAACAGGGUUGCCAGCUUUGAUGUACCUAUCAAGUUCUCCAUCCUCUCCUAUGCCAGCCAGCCAAAGACCAUUGUGGACAUCCAUGAAGAUAUAGCAGAAGAGCCAGAAUUGGUUCUCGAGAAGAUAAAGAAGGAAAUGAAUUACAAAGACCAUGGCAAUGCAACAGGAACCAACAUUUAUGCAGCACUUAAUGCCAUCUACCUGAUGAUGCUCAAUGAUCAGGCAAAUGUACUAGAGCAGUGGAACAAAGUUCGUCAUGCUAUCAUUCUGCUCACAGAUGGGAAAUCUAAUAUGGGAGGUUCUCCGAAAAAGGCAGUGGACAGUAUAGAAGACUUGGUAGAUGUGAGAGCAAACAGGAAAGAUUAUCUGGAUAUCUAUGCCUUUGGAGUUGGAAACCUUGAGGUAGACUGGAGUGCUAUGAAUGAGAUUGCAUCCAAGAAGCCUGGGGAAAGGCAUGCCUUCAUCCUGAAAAAUCCCGAGGAACUCAAGACAGCCUUUGAGGACGUACUGGACCCCAGAGAUUUGGAUGACAUAUGUGGUUUGGCAAACUAUUCUGACAGUGCUGAAUGGUAUCAGAAGAACCCAUGGCAUGUUCUCCUCCAAGACAAACAUCAAACGGAGCCUUCUUGUCGGGGUGCCUUGAUUUCAAAGACGUGGAUUUUGACCUCUGCUCACUGCUUCAACCGGAUGAAUGACACUUCCAGCUGGACCGUUAUUCUAGGAGGAGGACAGAGAAGAUUGCCAAUCAAGAGACGCAUUGACCAUGAGCUGUAUAAUGUUCGAGCAAAGUUGGCCCAAGGCAUCCAGGAAUUCUAUGACUAUGACAUCUCUCUGCUUGAACUGGAGAAUCCUGUGAGGUUUGGUGGGAGGAUCAGACCAAUUUGCCUCCCUUGCACUGAAGGUGCCAAUAAAGCCCUGAAGAAGAAGCCAGGGACCACAACUUGCAAAGAUCAUGAACUGGAGCUGCUGAGUUUUGAGAAGGUGCCUGCCCAGUUCAUCAACUUGGACAAUGAAAGAAUGAAUGUGCAAAUCAAGACAAAGACAAGCCGUCCCCCAUGUAUUUCCGGAGCUGUUCAAGAAGACAUGAUAUAUUCUCAAGUAUCUGAUGCCUCUGAAGUGGUAACAGACAGAUUUCUGUGCAGUGGGGAUGAUAAUGCUGUGGAGGCUGCCGCUUGCAAAGGAGAAUCUGGAGGAUCAUUGUUUGUAGAGAGGAGGGAAAGGCAUUUUCAGGUGGGUGUGAUCAGCUGGGGCACCUAUGACCCAUGUAAAAAGAAGAAGAAAAUCCGGAACACUCAGGAGACAAUGCGAGAUCCCCCUCAGCGCAAUCAUAAACCACGAGAUUUCUAUAUCAGUCUUAUCAGUGUUCAGGACUGGCUGAGGAAACAUUUGGGCAAAUCCCUGAGAUUCAUCCCCAUGCAAUAAACCACAAACUCAUACAUUUGCCUGUUACCCAACAUUCUUCCCAGCCAAGACAUCAGUAUCCAUUAUGCUUAAUAAAAAUGUACCAUAGUUGUGUGUUGUAUGUAUGUGUUGCUUAAGUUCACUUAAAGGACUGUCCGUGACCUCAAACUGAUUCCAGAGUUUAUCAUGUUGAAACCCUGACUUACAGUAUUUCUACAGAUGUUGGCUUUCUUCAGUCCAGAAGAAGCUGAAUUAAGCAUGUUGGCCUUGCAUAGCUCUUAAUGGGGCAAUAUAUUCUUCAGCAAUUCAUACUGAGAUCUUCAUUUUAAUUUCUUUUUUUAUUCCUUGUCCGAUAUAUAUAUGGCAGUAGUACACUGUUUUAGCUGAAUGUUUUUAAUGGAUAUUGUGCCAGAGACAAAUCAGACUUGAUUCUUGGUUCUUCUUUGUUUAUUACUGCCCUUCAACCAGAAUGUUUCUGAAGGCACCUCUGAAUAAUAAAAUGCAAAUUAAUAAAUGGAUGAUCAGGAAGGAGAGGGAGGGAUGAGACUGAAUUAAGUUUUUAGGGUAUUGCUUUUUGUUGUAUUAUGCUGCAUGUAUUGUAAAAAAAUAAUUUUAAAUGUUUUUUUAAAUUAAAAAUAAAAAAUAUAACGAAAUUAA